UCCUAUUUCAUACAGAAAGAAGAAAGAAAUGGAGAAGCAAAUAGCCAUUCGAUUAAUAAGCUUGUUAAUACUAUUAAAAAUGGUUACAGCAGCAAUAGAUAAAAGCCCAAAAGCAGUAGAAAAAUGGUUCAAAAAUCUCCCCAAUGCAAAGCCAAAAACCACAAAAUUCCAUUUCUAUUUUCAUGAAAUUUUUGGAGGAGAUAACCAAACAGCUCCUAUAAUUGCACAAGCCAACAUUACAUCUCAAUCACCCACAUUCUUUGGUAUGGUGAGAAUGUUCGACAAUCCAUUGACUGUUGGGCCGGACCCCAAUUCCAAACAAGUGGGCCGGGCCCAAGGAAUCCAUGGGGCCCCAUCAAUGACUGAAUUGGCCCUGUUUUUCGACUUCAAUUUUGUGUUCAAUGAUGGGCCUUAUAAUGGUAGUACUCUAAGUGUAUUGGGCCGGGUCGCUGAAUCACAGGAAUAUAGAGAGUUGUCAAUUAUUGGUGGAUCUGGAAUUUUUAGGCUUGCUCAGGGUAUAGCUACUGCUAAGACUUAUUUCUCUAAUGAUAUACUUGUUAUUGUUGAGUAUAAUCUUAUAGUACUUCAUUAUUAACUUCAUGCUAUUAAGCAUUUUGAUCUAAUAAGCUUAGAGGAAUGAAAUUUGUUGAUUCUAUACGUUUCUCUGUGUUUUAGAUCUCAAAGUUGUUAGAAAUGC